AUGGAUCAGAAGCAGCAGCAACAGCAGCAACAGAAUGCGCCGCCCAUAUAUGAUAUAAGUCAAGGAGGACACUAUGGAGCUAGCGCUGCUCUGUCAGCCCAAGGAUACGUUCCUCACACCGAGUUAUAUUCCGGGCUAUGGUCAAAUAUCAACCAAGGCCUCACCGGACCGUCUCGCGAGAUCCUGGCGACAUACUGGCAACAGACAAUCAACCAUCUCGAAACAGAUACCCAUGAUUUCAAGAUCCACCAACUCCCUCUCGCUCGAAUCAAGAAGGUCAUGAAGGCCGAUCCCGAAGUCAAGAUGAUCUCCGCCGAAGCACCUAUUCUCUUCGCGAAGGGAUGUGAUAUCUUUAUCACGGAACUGACGAUGCGCGCCUGGAUCCAUGCCGAGGACAACAAGAGAAGGACGUUACAGCGAAGUGAUAUUGCCGCUGCGCUAGCCAAGAGCGAUAUGUUCGACUUUCUCAUCGAUAUAGUACCUCGAGAAGAAGGAACCGGCAGCACCUCCAAGCGGCCGAAUACCAGCGGACAAGCUGCUGCAAAUCAAGUCCCGCAACAACAGCAACCGCCUCCACAACAGCAAAUGCCACCGCCCGACUAUGGCUUAGCACAGCAUGGCGCAAUGGGUCCACCCGACCCCCAGUACGGACGAGCUCAGAUGUAUCCGGGACAUUUGGGCGGCGAUGGUCAGCAAGAUCCAAAUCAAGGAUACGGUCAGCCCCCGCAAAUGUUUGGUGGUGGCGACAUGUACAAUCCUUAUGCUCAGGGACAAUUUGGUGGCGGCGGUGCGCAACAGGUAGGUGGACAUCCACAAUGA